AUGAUGAUAUCGAACGUUAGUAAGCAAGAAGGUCCAAUUGGCCCUCCAGGGUCGCAAGGUCCACCGGGGUCACAGGGGUCACAGGGACCCCCAGGAAUUCAGGGACCCGUAGCGAGUGGUGGAGCUAACUUUAGCUUAUGUCAGUUUAAGAUUGCGACWAGUACACCGGUCACAGCGGACAGACUGGCAGAAACUGAUCUCAUAUGGAUGGAACCUAGUGGUAAGAGAAUUGUCGGUGCUACAUGUUCAACUAAUGUUGCGCUAGAGUACAAUUUCAACUCGUAUACAAAACCWAGCGGUGAGCGACUUUACCGAUGCAUGUGCAAAGGACAGUCAUCCAAGUUUUUCUCGAGUACGAUGCAGUUGUACUGCUAUCUUAACUACUGGGAGUGUCCGCUGAACUGAUCCACAUCUAGGGAUGGUAGUCUUGAAGGAAUGAAAUGGAAUACAGAAGAUACUAUGAGGAUUAAUUCUGUAUGGAAGAUAUUGUAAGAGCACGUCGUAGCAAUAGACAGUUUUASAUUGACGUUUUUAAUUUUCUUCCCGCAAAUAGCAAACGUGACCACGGUGGCAUCGUUUUCCUGUAUUUUACUUUAGCUUUUGCAAACCUUCUCACCACAUACGUCUUUCGUUGUUCUAUAGCGCAUGCAGUAAAACCAUGAAAUAAAAACAAAGUUGA